AGUUGAUGCAGCUGAGAUGAGCAACAGCCCAGCGGCUUGCAGUCGAUCCUGGUCCAUUAGUGAUGAUUCUUUGAGAAGGUAUGUCUUCUUUGCAAGUGAGAGCUGCAUACAAGAGUUGCUGUCAGCUUCAGACUCAAACAAGGUUGGGAAUAAUGGUGACGGGUGGAAGGUACUUGCAUUUGACAAUGGAGUCGAGGUAUCAAAGCGCAGGUCUGGAUCACUUCAUACUUUCCGUAGCCGCUGGUUACUAAGAUCAGUCUCUCCCCGACAAUUCAUCACAGUCGCCAAUGCCAUCGAUGCUGCAAAGCAAUGGGACCCUGAUCUGGUAGAAGCUAAAUACAUAAAAGAUUUGGAAGAUAACCUCAACAUCAUCCGCCUAAGGUUUGGAGAGAACUCCAAAUCCCUUUUCCGAAACAGAGAAUUUAUUGUCUAUGAGCGACGUGAAACUAUGGACGAUGGAACUCUGGUGGUGGCAGUAGCUUCUCUGCCAAAAGAGAUAGCAGCUGGAUUACACCCAAAGCAAAAUAACGCUAUCAGAGGACUGUUGCUGCAGUCGGGAUGGGUUGUCGAAAAGCUUGAAGAUGACUCUUGCAUGGUCACUUACGUUGUUCAGUUGGACCCUGCAGGUUGGUUGCCCAAGUGCUUUGUCAAUCGUCUCAACACAAAACUGGUUAUGAUCAUUGAGAACCUUGAGAAACAAGCUCAAGAUUGUCCCACAAUUGGAGAUACAUGAAUGCAGUGUCUACAGUUAGAACAAUUUUGUGAGUUUUUAUAGUUAACAGAUCAACUAUAAUCAUCUGUUAUUAUAACUUCUCUCUCUCUCUCCGGUCAAAGAUAAAGUCAUCAUCUUUUAUA